CAGGUUCUCAAUUCUCAAAGCCGCAUUAGCCUCAAUUGCAACAUGGCCGGUUGGAACAGCAUCAUUUUUGAGGACCCGACGUCUGGUCAUCCUAUGCUGCCUCAGGUCGUUCAAGUUAUGCGAUGCAUCUAUACUGCCGUCAAUCCAGAACGCCCACCACCAUUCACGGUGGACAUCUGGUGGCACUCGUUAAGCCUAUCAUACCAGGUACAGGAGUCUGGACGCGAACCAUCAAUUGUUAUCCUCAAUCUCCGAGAAGGAGAACCACAUCAGCCGGCUAUGGACACCCAUUUUAUGAUUAACUUGACAACCAUGCGUGUCCAUGAUAAAUUUCAGGACCACCGUUUCCCAGUACCCCAGGAGAUCCUGCCCGUCCUAGGAGAACUUAAAGAAUACGUGAGGAGCAUUGUCCGAGGCAGAUGGGAAGCGAAACAAGCGCAAAACCGCGAGACAGCCCGUCGCCUUGAGAAAGAGCGAGAAGAACAACGAAAUCGAGUACAGGCCUUUUGUCGUGGUCUUGUUGAGAACGGUUUCAUUGAUGAAGAGGAUGCGAGUCACUUCUCCGGUGACAGUCUGCAUUGUCCUGUCUGUUCAGCGAAGCAGACGUCGUGCAAUAUGUGCAAGGUCAUCUCCUGCUCCAAUGGUGACUGUGAAGUCUCUUCCGCCAUUCCUAUCGUACAGUGUUCAAAUCAUCACAACACGAAAUUCUGUACCUCGUGUUUGGAACUUCCAGGCUCUCUGCCGCGUCUGGGCAAGUGUCCCAUGUGCGCACGCUGGUUCUGUUCAUCAGAGCUUCAAUGGUGUAUCGGGCGCCCAGUUUCUAAUGAUGGAACCGGGCUUUCCCCACCAAAUAUUGAUGUAACCCGAUUACACUCUGCGCGUCCCUUGUCUUGCCGGACCAUCGCCUGUGUGGAUAAUAUUCGAGAGAGCGGAAAGAAUGGGCGUCACUGCUGCAAUGCUCGUUGUUGGUCUCGGGUGGGUACCGCAACGUGCCCUGAUUGUGUCACACAAGAUAGUUUCGCCUGUCCCUGUGGUCGAUACUGGACUUGCGGUGGCUGCGAGUCACAGGCUUUUUCCGCUAGUCGGUUUAUCACAUGCCCUGGGUGCCACCGGCGUUUCUGUUCAUCGUCGUGCUCAUACAUCGGGACCUGCGAGCUGUGCAAUCAUGUGGAGCCCUGUUACGACUGCAUCAGGGACGGAAAGAGCAUAGAAGAGGAGCACACCAUGUUUAUGUGCCAGGGCUGCAAAGGUCUCCUGUGCGAGACAUGCUCUGAUCUUGACGAGAAAACAUGCUGCAGAUGUGAUCAGAGCAUUUGUAAGCUUUGUGCACACGAAGAAGACGACAGCGAUUAUCCUGAUAUAGUCUGUGACCAGUGCAGAGCUUCGAGUGAUGAUGAGGAUAUGGCUUACGGUGAUGAAGAUAUGGCUUACGGUAAUUACUUUUAAUCCUCAUACCCACGGUGGCCUCGAAGGAAUUCAACGAGAACUUGAACACCACGACCCUUAAUUUACAACUGUUCUGGCCGUUUGAGACAAUUCAGGUUCGUGAGCUCAAGGUGUGCCUGAUAUUGGAGGGUGACUCAGUGGUCUAUCACGACCCGAUGAGCCAACUGAAGUGCAGGAACAUGUAAGAUAUAUGUGUGACGGAAAUCACAU